AUGGCGGAGAUAGCAUCCCUUGUACUAUCGACCGGCAUUACGUCGGGAAUUCUGCAGGUUGUUAUUGACAGAGUCUCGAAAUUCGUUGAGCAAAAGAAUAACUUGCUCACUGGAGUCGACGACAAUCUGAGGAAGUUGAAGAGGACCCUGACGGACAUUCAAGCUCGUGUCGACGAUUUAGACAAGAAGGGACAUUGCAUCAACAAGGCAGCGGCAGAUUUGCUUGAGCAUCUCCAGUAUGGUUUUUUGGAUGCUGAAGAUUUGCUGGACAAGAUUGACUUGGGACUUGGAAGAUUGGCUUGUUUGGAAGUGGAGGUCAGCAGUCGGAAUCAAAAAAUUGGUGUUGACUGUGCAAGAAGAGGGGGCAAAUGUUCUGUAAUUGCUAUAGUGGGGAUUGGUGGGAUUGGGAAAACAACACUUGCACAACUCGUCUACAAUGAUGCAGAUGUGGAUAAGAAAUUUGAUUUGAAAAUGUGGGUGUUUGUUUCUUUAGACUAUGGCCUGUACAUGAUAACAAAAUCUGUUCUCGAGUCGGCUACUGGGGGAAAGGAUUCUCAUCUGUUUAGUUUGAAUUGUGUUCAGAUUGAAUUACAGAAAAUAUUGAAGGGGAAGAGGUUUUUGCUUGUACUAGAUGGUGUCUGUGAUGAGAACCUUAGUGAUUGGGAUCAAUUCAGGUUGCCAUUUGGGGGUGCAAAGAAGGGGAGCAAGAUUAUGAUGACUACCCGAAGUGAAAUCUCUGCCUCAAUUGUUGCCUCUACAUCUUAUCGUUUGGAUCCUCUGUGUUGUUGA